AUGUCUUUGCAAAUGAAUAAUCUUACUGGUCAAAUCCCACAAAGCCUUGGAUCAUUUCUCACUAGGCUUCAAAUUCUUGAUCUUUCUGGAAAUGAUCUAUUUGGAGUUGUUCCAUUUUCCAUUUUCAAUGUGUCUUCCUUAAAGCUCAUUGAUUUGGGACGAAAUCGGAUUAGUGGGGAUCUGCCAAGGGGAUUUUGUACUAGGCUUCCAAAUCUGCAAGGAGGUUUGCCAAGAGACAUGUGGAAUUUGACAAAGCUUCAAGAUUUAUAUAUUGCUCGGAAUAACCUUACAGGGAAUUCGUCAACUUUGGUGAUGAUAGACAUUGGUGAGAACCAAAUCCAUGGUAAUAUUCCUCAAGAACUAGGACAUCUCUCUAGUCUUGAAGAAUUAUAUCUUGGAUCCAACAUGUUAGCAGGUGAAAUUCCGAUUGGAAUUUUCAACAUUUCAUCGCUAAAAGUAAUAGCACUUACUGCAAAUAGUCUGUCUGGCAAACUUACUUCAUACUUGGCUAAUAGCCUUCCAAAUCUUGAGGGACUUUAUCUUGGGAUUAAUCAGUUUAGUGGUACACUUCCUAGCUCCAUAUCAAAUGCUACUAAGCUCAACUUUCUUGAUCUUGGAAGGAACAUGUUUAGUGGAAAUGUACCAAUUGAUCUGGGAAUAACUCUCCAGCAGAUUCAAAGCAUCAACUUGCAAAGGAAUCACUUUACAAAUGAUCCCUCAUCUACGGGUGAAUUAAGUUUUCUAAAUUCCCUCUCAUAUUGCAAGUUCUUGAAAACUAUAAUGAUUGGAGACAACCAAUUUAGGGGCAUUCUUCCGAAAUCAUCCUUGACUAACUUGUCAUUGUCUCUUGAGAGUUUCAUCGCCUAUGACUGUGGAAUCAGGGGGGAAAUCCCAGUUGAAAUCAGUAACUUGACUAACUUGUCGUGGUUAACACUGGGAGCCAAUGAGUUAAUUGGUUCAAUUCCUCAAGAAUUGGGGAAGUUGAACAAGAUGCAAACUUUGAGAAUGUACUACAGCCAAUUAGAUGGGAUCAUACCUGAAAACUUAUGCAAUAUCAAAGAAUUGUACUUCUUGGACUUGAGAAGAAAUCGACUAACAGGGAAAGUACUAGGGUGUUUGGGAAAUAUUUCUUCAUUAAGAAAUAUAUAUUUAGAUUCCAAUGCUUUAAGUUCAGAUAUUCCAUUAAAUUUUUGGAGUAAUAAGGAUAUCUCAAUUGUAAGUUUGUCGUUUAAUCAGUUAAAUGGUCCUUCGGAGUUGGAGAUUGGAAAUAUGAGGGGUCUACGUGAGUUAUAUCUAUCAGGAAAUGAGUUGUUUGGUCAAAUUCCAAGCACCGUUGGACAACUCCAGAAUUUGGUUAACCUUUCAUUAGAUAUGAAUAGGUUAGAUGGUGCUAUACCUAAGACAUUCGAAUAUUUGGUCAGCUUGGAAUACUUCGAUUUGUCACAUAACAAUUUAUCAGGCCAAAUUCCAAUGUCAUUGACAAAGCUUAAGCAUCUCAUCUAUCUGAAUGUCUCUUUCAAUGAACUAUCUGGUGAAAUUCCAGAUGGAGGUCCUUUUGGGACUAACAACUUUGAAGAAUCGAAUUUGAUUGGAAAGGGAAGCCUUGGUAUGGUUUAUAAGGGGACAUUUACAAAUGAGACAGUAGUAGCCGUGAAGGUUUUCAAUGCACAGGUGCAAGAUGCAUUCAAAAGGUUUGAUUUGGAGUGUAAGGUUUUGCAUAACAUUCGACAUAGGAAUCUUGUUAAGGUGAUAAGUAGUUGUGCAAAUCUUGAUUUCAAGGCACUGGUGCUAGAGUAUAUGCCUAAUAGAAUCUUGAUUAUUGGCUUUACUCUCACAAUAAUUUCUUGGAUUUAA